AUGGCUGUCAAAGUUUAUAUUGUGUACUACUCAAUGUAUGGGCAUGUGGAGAGACUAGCUGAGGAAAUAAAGAAAGGUGCUGAUUCUGUAGAAGGUGUUGAGUCCAAACUAUGGCAGGUACCUGAAACACUAACAAUUGAGGGGCUUGGUAAAUUGAGAGCAUCAUCCAAGAGUGAUGUACCAAUCAUUACCCCAAAGGAACUCCCUGAGGCUGAUGGUUUUGCCUUUGGCUUCCCAACAAUAUUUGGAAUGAUGGCUGCUCAGUUUAAAGCUUUUCUUGAUGCUACUGGCGUUCUAUGGAAAAAACAAGAACUUGCAGGAAAGCCUGCUGGAUUCUUCUUCAGCACUGGUACACAAGGUGGUGGACAAGAGACUACAGCGCUCACUGCUAUAACUCAGUUGGUUCAUCAUGGAAUGAUAUUUGUUCCAAUGGGAUACACAUUUGGUCCUGACAUGUUUGAGAUGGAGGAACUGAAAGGUGGAAGUCCAUAUGGUGCAGGAACAUAUGCUGGUAAUGGUGGCUUAAGGGAGCCAACUGAGAUUGAAUUGAAGCAAGCAUUCCACCAAGGACAUUAUAUUGCCACAAUCACAAGGAAGCUUAAGGAAGCUGCAUAA